UCCAAGUUUUUAUCACACAUCAGACAAGUCAGCUGACUCUUCAGAACCUUGUGACAAUUUCAGAAUUCAGGUUUACGUCGGUAGCUCAUAUUUUCAGUCUUUUGGGAAAUUGGGCGAGGUUUUAGCGAUCCUGUGGUGUUUUUCCUUUUACUGAUCGUCCAGUAAAAUACUCCAAAAUGUCUAACCUGCCGAAAAUAAGUGAUGAGGAGCGAGAAUCCAACUAUGGGUAUGUUCAUGCUGUUUCUGGUCCAGUCGUAACUGCUGAAAAAAUGUGUGGAUCGGCUAUGUAUGAACUUGUGAGAGUUGGUUACUUCGAAUUGGUAGGUGAAAUUAUUCGUCUUGAAGGCGACAUGGCUACAAUUCAGGUAUAUGAAGAAACUUCUGGUGUUACUGUUGGAGAUCCUGUACUGCGUACUGGUAAACCAUUGUCUGUUGAACUGGGACCUGGUAUCAUGGGUUCCAUUUUUGAUGGUAUCCAGCGUCCUUUGAAAGAUAUCAAUGUCCUAACAGAAAGUAUAUACAUCCCUAAGGGUAUCAACGUGCCUUGUUUAUCAAGAACUGCUAAGUGGGACUUCAAUCCUUGUAACAUCAAAAUGGGAUCUCAUUUAACUGGUGGUGACAUCUAUGCUCUUGUACAUGAAAAUACUUUGGUGAAGCAAAAACUUAUGUUGCCACCAAAAUCCAAAGGUACAGUCACCUACAUCGCAGAACCAGGAAGUUACACCGUAGAUGAUGUUGUCUUGGAAACUGAAUUUGAUGGAGAGCGCACCAAAUACACUAUGUUGCAAGUGUGGCCCGUACGUCAGCCUCGUCCAGUCAGUGAGAAAUUGCCUGCAAAUCAUCCUCUGCUCACUGGACAGAGAGUUUUGGAUUCCCUUUUCCCAUGUGUACAGGGUGGUACCACUGCUAUCCCUGGUGCUUUUGGUUGUGGAAAAACCGUCAUCUCCCAAUCUCUUUCCAAAUAUUCCAACUCUGAUGUUAUUGUCUACGUAGGUUGCGGAGAAAGAGGUAACGAAAUGUCUGAAGUACUCCGUGACUUCCCCGAAUUGACCGUAGAGAUCGAAGGUCAGACCGAAUCUAUCAUGAAACGUACCGCCCUGGUGGCCAACACAUCCAACAUGCCUGUCGCCGCUCGUGAGGCCUCAAUCUACACCGGCAUCACGCUUUCCGAAUACUUCAGGGACAUGGGCUACAACGUGUCCAUGAUGGCGGAUUCCACGUCCCGUUGGGCCGAGGCCCUGAGAGAAAUCUCCGGUCGUCUGGCCGAGAUGCCCGCCGAUUCUGGCUACCCCGCCUACCUGGGAGCCCGUCUCGCCUCCUUCUACGAGCGAGCUGGCCGCGUCAAAUGUCUCGGCAACCCAGAUCGCGAGGGUUCCGUCUCUAUCGUGGGGGCCGUGUCUCCUCCCGGUGGUGACUUCUCAGAUCCCGUCACUUCCGCCACUCUGGGUAUCGUGCAGGUGUUCUGGGGUUUGGACAAGAAGCUGGCUCAACGUAAACAUUUCCCCUCCAUCAAUUGGUUGAUCUCGUACUCGAAGUACACGAGGGCUCUGGAUGAUUUCUACGACAAGAACUUCCCGGAGUUUGUGCCGUUGAGGACCAAGGUCAAGGAGAUCUUACAGGAAGAAGAAGACUUGUCUGAAAUUGUACAACUGGUAGGUAAAGCAUCACUUGCAGAAACCGACAAGAUCACUCUGGAGGUGGCCAAGUUAUUGAAGGAAGAUUUCUUGCAACAGAAUUCGUACUCUUCCUAUGACAGAUUCUGCCCCUUCUAUAAGACUGUUGGUAUGCUGAAGAACAUGAUUGGUCUUUAUGAUAUGGCCAGGCAUGCCGUUGAAACAACCGCUCAAUCUGAAAACAAGAUUACAUGGAAUGUAAUCAGGGAGGCUAUGAGCAAUAUUCUGUACCAGCUCAGCAGUAUGAAAUUCAAGGAUCCUGUUAAAGAUGGAGAGGCAAAGAUCAAAGCUGAUUUUGAUCAACUUUAUGAAGACAUACAGCAAGCUUUCAGGAACUUAGAAGAUUAAAUAAAAUUAAUAAUUUUAGGAAACAGGAAGGCCCCUGAAACAGUUAAGACACAUGUUUAUCUGGUGUUUCACUUCCAAAUCUAUUUGAAAAGGCCAUUAUAUCAUACAUAUGUUUAUAAUCCAUUGUAUGUGUACAAUACUAUGUAUAUAUAUGAGGUGGAUCAAGAUUGUAUCUGAAACUUCAUCUGAGACUAAAAAUGCCCUAUGAAAAAUCUUCCAAAUGAAAGGAUCCUUAUAGUAUUGAUACUUGAUGAGUCGUUUAAAAUGAUAUUAUGAACUUUGUGUAUACUCAAUUUUCUGAUGUAAUUUUGGAUCACCUUGUCUAUAAAUUAAGAAUAAUUAGUUUUAAUCAGGACUUAGUGGUGAAGGUUUCAGCUAUUUCUGUUCACCUUGAUUUUUCCUUCAUUCCAAUAAUAUUUUUAGGGAAGUUGCAGUUUGAGAUUUUUCUCAGUAUUAUCUGUUAUGUUUAAUUCACGUGUCUACAUUUUUUCGAAGCGCUCCGUACAAAUUUUCAUAUCUAUAAUUUCCUAUUGCUUUAUAUUUUAAAUAAAGAAUGUUUUAUUGUACAGUUGUCCAAAUUCAUAAUAUGAUAGUUUAGAAUUUGAAUGUAGUUGAAAUGUUCUAUUGUGAACAAUCCGGCAAUAUAUUGUUGUUUUGAAAAA